AUGGGGCAAUUCAACCAAUUAUCUGUUCAUUUAGAGGAUAAGAUGCCGGAAAUCUGCAUUGCAGCUUUUGAAUUGGGUUUGAAGCCUGGAGGCUUAAACAACAAUUUAAGUAGGAAACCUGUGGAGACAAUGGCGCAUUUACGUGAAAGAGUGCAAGGGUACAUCAGGGAGGAGCAGAGCGACCGGAUCAAAAACAACCGCCCAAAUGCAGCGGUUACGGGGCAAAAACAGCAGUUUGAGGCGAAGAAGGGAGCGGUUACGGAUCAACAUUCGAAGGGAUGGACUGAACGUGGAGAUAUAGGAUAUAAUAAUCGAAACCGUUAUGACAGUCGAUUUGAUAACCGUUCUCAUUUCAAGAAUCGUGCUCAACCUUGGGCAACCAACCAGCCAGAUAUUACUUUUACUGUGCGAGAUUUUGAGGGAGUUCAGCCUCAUGAGGACGAUCCAAUUGUAGUGAUGCUGACGAUCGCUGAACAUGAAAUUGAGAGGGUACUGUUGGAUCAAGGGAGUUCAGCGGAUUUAAUUUAUGGAGAUGCUUUUGAAAAAUUGGGGCUGACAGAAUCCGAUUUGCAACCUUAUGAUGAAUCUUUGGUGGGUUUUUCUGGCGAAAAGGUGUUUGUCAGAGGUUAUGUGGAGUUGAGCACUAUUUUCGGAGAAGGAAAAAAUGUGGAGACAUUUGUUAUUAAGUUUCUAGUGGUAAAAUGUACUUCACCAUACAAUGUGCUUAUUGGGAGACCUUCAUUGAAUAGAUUGGGGGCGAUCAUUUCUACCAGACAUUUAACAGUCAAGUAUCCGUUGAGCAAGGGAGGAGUUGGAGUCUUAAUGGCUGACCAAAUCGUGGCCAGAAAAUGUUACUCUGAAAGCUUCAAACAGUAUGGUCAUAUGGGAAAGAAAGCUGUGAAAGAGGGACAUCGGGUUUAUGAGAUUGAAAUGAAUCAAGCCGAAGCAAGUUUGGAUCCCCAUGAUGGAUUUAUAGAAAGCAAGAUGACGUCCGAAGAGGAAACCAAAGUAGUGGCAAUUGGUGAAAGGAAUUUAAAAGUUGGCACGAGUUUAUCAGCAAGUCAGCAAGACAGGCUGGUCAAACUUUUGGAUGAGAACAUGGAUUUUUUUGCAUGGAGUGCGAAAGACCUUCCUGGAAUUGAUCCAUUUAAGCAUUGCCCGAAGGAUUCUUAUCCUUUGCCAAAUAUUGACAAACUCGUGGAUAGGGCGUCUGGAUUUGGAAUGCUCAGCCUUAUGGAUGCAUAUUCUGGAUACCAUCAAAUCAGAAUGUAUGGACCGGAUGAGGAGAAAACAGCUUUCAUGACGAAUCAGGCGAACUACUGCUAUCAAACCAUGCCAUUUGGGCUCAAAAAUGCAGGAGCAACUUAUCAAAGGUUGAUGGACAAAGUUUUUGAUAAACAGGUGGGGCGAAACAUGGAAAUUUAUGUUGAUGACAUGGUGGUAAAAUCAGAUGAAAUGUUAACGCAUUGUUCAGAUUUGAGAGAGGCUUUUGGGGAGCUCAGAAAACAUAAUAUGAGACUUAAUCCAGAGAAGUGCUCGUUUGGGAUUCAGAGUGGAAUGUUUCUGGGUUUUAUGAUCACAAGAAGGGGAAUUGAAGCAAAUCCUGAUAAAUGCAAAGCUAUUAUUGAAAUGCAGAGUCCCACCUCAGUGAAAGAUGUGCAAAAGUUGAUGGGAAGAAUUGCAGCCCUGGCGAGAUUCUUACCAUGUUUUGGAAAUAAAUCAGCUCCAUUCUUCCAGUGUUUGAGGAAAAACAAGGCGUUCCAAUGGACAGAGGAGUGUGAAGUGGCGUUUCAAAGUUUGAAGGAGCACUUAUCAAAACCACCAAUCUUAUCAAAGCCAGUGCCCUUCACUGUCAAUAUUUAUUUCAAUAUCUGA